CACAUCGGAGCUUCGCCGCAUCGCUGAUAAAUCCGCAACGUCAACCCCGCAUGGCCCUCAUUCCAAUCUACCAACACCCUACGAGACUCGGAUUUUUUUAAUGAAUGACUAUGGCGAACAAAACCCCGGUGCACUUUUUUGAUAUUGAAUCGACACUUCCGCGAGACCUGAAGCCAUGGUCGGUGAAUACGAUCAAGACCCGAAUGGUCUUGAACUACAAGCGCAUCCCCUAUACACAAUCCUACAUCUCUUAUCCUGAUAUCGCUCCUUUACUCUCCAAGAUGGGCGUCCAUCCCCACGCGGAGGGUAUGCCGUAUACCCUUCCAGCGAUCUGCCACCCGCCCUCGGUGACGUCAAAUCCACACGGGACUGAUGGACUCAUUUGCUGUCGCAGCCCAUUUGGACCGGACGUUCCCAUCUCCGCCCUUAUUCCCAUCUAGGGAUGCCAGUUAUGCCCUAGCACUUGCGGUCGAUAGACUCGUAGCAAGCGUCACUUCCAGGUGCUUCAUGUUGGUGAUUCCCCGUGCGGCGGAGUUUCUCGAUCCCAGGGGUCGCGAAUAUUUCAUCAAGACUCGGUCGGCUCGGUUUGGUAAGCCCCUCUCCGAAGUUCGUCCUCAAGACGCCGACCAAGUUCGAGCGAUCAUCAACGCCGCAGCGACCGAAAUGGCCCCCUUGGCUCAGAUGUUGCGAGGCAGACUUGGGAAGAACGGGCCUUUCCUAGAGGGCGAGCGGCCAGGAUAUGCGGACUUCUUGAUCGUUUCUUUCUUGGUUUGGAUCGAGAGGUGCGAUAAGGAGUUAUGGACUGCAUUGCUGAAGGUCGGGGAGGGUGAGGUUCAAGCUCUUUGGGAUGUCUGUUUGCCGUGGGUAAAUGGCCAAGGCGAAGAUAAGGAGUGGGAGAUCCCUCGGUGAAUUGAACCUAAGUAAAGGACAUAGCACGUUAGUGAUUCGUCUUCAAUCGCUUUGCUUGCAUACAGAUAUUAAAUGUAUCAGGCGUCUUUCUAACUCGAAUUUUGUGUCAUAGUCAUGAACGUGAGAUUCUCGACAAGCAAGGUAGUCAGUCCAUGCUCAGUUGCAAAGGGGAUAUUGCCCAAAAG